AUGAUUUCGAACGUUAUUGCAAAUCCACAAGAAGAGUCUGUUUGGAAUUUGCACCAGAUUCUUUUUAUAUGGUAUUGGGAUGAGAUUCAGAACCAUGCUACCUCCAAUCUAAUGAAGCUCUUGAAUCUCCUAACGUUCAUUAGUUUGAUAACAAAUGUACUGGGAGCUAUCCAAAUUCAAUCAGCGCCGGCGAUUGAGAUUAGUGGCAAUAAGUUUUUCAACUCCUUGGACCAUUCUCAGUUUUUUGUUAGAGGAAUUGCUUACCAAAGGCCGCGGCCACUAGUUUCUGAGCUUGGCUUCGUUGACUCUUUGGCACUGCCCUCUCAUUGCCUCAAAGAUCUUUUUCUUUUGAAUGAAUUGGGUGUCAAUACCGUGCGUGUGUACCAAAUCGAUCCAGCGGCAGACCAUGACUUGUGUAUGGAUGCAUUUGCAGCCAAUGGGAUAUAUGUCUUUGUAGACCUAUCAGAGCCGAAAAUGUCUAUCAAUCGCGAGAAUCCUUCUUGGGAUACAGAUUUGUAUGAGCGAUACACUUCUGUGAUCGAUACGAUGCAUCGAUACUCGAAUGUCAUUGGCUUCAUUGCAGGAAACGAAGUCGUGAACUCAGUUGAAACUUCCAACGCUGCUCCAUUUGUCAAAGCUUCUAUCCGCGAUAUGAAGCGUUACAUAAUACAAAAGAAAUAUCGUUCCAUUCCAAUUGGAUACGCAAGCAGCGAUGAGAGCACAACGAGAUUGGCGAGCGCCAGCUAUUUCGUAUGCGCCGAACACGACGAUAAAGACGACAGGGCCGACUUUUAUGCCUUGAACAUGUUUGAGUGGUGUGGCUAUUCUACGUACGAUGCUUCUGGCUAUCGAGAUCGUACAGCCGAAUUUAGCAUGAUGCCAGUUCCAGUCUUUUUCAGCGAGUAUGGAUGCAAUGUCAUAAGUCCUAGGCCUUUUACGGAAAUCGAGCAAAUAUAUGGGCCUGCAAUGUGUCAAGUAUGGUCCGGAGGUAUUGUUUAUGAAUUGUUUCAAGGAAGCAACCAUUUUGGGUUGGUGGAAGAGAAUGCCAACGGGAGGAUAACGAAAACGAAUGAAUUUAACACAGUCCGGCUCAGGUUGACAGAGAACAAGCCACAAAGAGAUAAGAAAGGAGCCGUUGCUGGGUCUCUGUUUCAAACACCAUGUCCACCGGUGACCACAUCUUGGCGGGCUCUGCCCGCUCUUCCACCAACACCUGAUGAGGCAAUGUGCGAAUGUCUACAAGCCACGCUUUCAUGCAUCUUAACUCCUUACCGAAAAGUUCAUGAGCUGAGCUUCUUGAGUGAACUAUGCGCCUUGACAGAUUGCUCUGAGAUUUUGGCCAACGGGACUUCCGCACAGUAUGGAGCCUUUUCCAGCUGCGGACUCAGGCAAAAAAUAUCAUUUGCGCUCAAUAGGUAUUGGCUUGAAAGCAAUCGUGAUCCAGAAGUAUGUGAUUUCGGUAAGAGAGCUGUGCUUAUCAGCAACGCCGAAAUCGGUGACCUAGCCAAUUUGCAAGCCGCCGACAGCAGAUCAUGUGCAGAAACAUUGAUAGAUAUGCUCAAAUUACAGGCGUUUACACCCGAAGAGCGCCUACACCUAUUGAGUGAUAAACUCAAGGAUGGCAUGAUCCGAUUCAAUGCCUAUGGUGUCAAGAGUACUGGGUGCAACGCACAUUCAUGGGAUCACGUAUGGCAGCUCUUGUUCAUUAUUUCUUUGAUAUCAUUGUACUAUUUGGCUAUUUGA